GUCAGGUAUAAAAGUAAGGGUUAACACAGACAGGGCAUCAGUUUAGCAACAGCACAGCUCAAAGAAACAAUCGCAACCAUGAUGGGCAAGAUCAUCUUCUACGAGGACAAGAACUUCCAGGGUCGUUCCUAUGAGACCAGCCAGGACUGCCCUGACAUGUCCUCCCACCUGAGCAGGUGCCACUCCUGCAGGGUUGAGAGUGGCUGCUUCAUGGUCUACGACCGCCCCAACUUCAUGGGAAACCAGUACUUCAUGAGGAGGGGAGAGUACUCAGACUACCAGCGUAUGAUGGGAAUGAACGACUGCAUCAGGUCCAGCCGCAUGAUCCCCAUGCACCGUGGAAACUUCAGGAUGAGGAUCUACGAGAGGGAGAACUUCGGAGGUCAGAUGCACGAGAUGAUGGACGACUGUGACUCCAUCCAGGAGCGUUACCGCAUGUCAGACUGCCAGUCCUGCAACGUGAUGGACGGCCACUGGCUGAUGUACGAGCAGCCCAACUUCAGAGGCAGGCAGAUGUACAUGAGGCCUGGAGAGUACAGGAGCUUCAGGGAUAUGGGCAUGGGAAUGGGAGGCAUGAGUGGUGGCAUGAAGUUCAUGAGCAUGAGGCGUAUCAUGGACAACAUGACCAUGUAAUUUCCUCAAUUGUUGUAUGAAAAUUGUUGAUUAAACGUUUACACUGCUAAAUUGA